AUGGGUCCCUUCAGAGAAAAGAUCCGGCAAAGAAAUGGUGCUUCUGGCGGGUAUAGGUCGCGAUGGUCUUUGCCAAACAUCAAGUUCCGUCGCGACUACCGCAGCCAACUGCCUGAAGUAAUAUCACGUUUCACUGGGUAUCGUGCUCCAGAAGCCAGCCCGCCGUAUUCCCCUCUUCCGUUCCCCCCCUUCUCGUGGCUCACUAAAAUUCCGCUGAAGUAUGAAACUUGGCUGUUCGCUUGGAUCGGCGCAUUCGGGGGAAUCCUCUUGAUCGAAGCCAUCAUGUCCACCAGUACGGCAUUUCGGGACAUAUACCACACCCCGACCAUCAUCACGUCUUUCGGUGCCUCCGCUGUACUGCUCUUCGGAGUAGUAGAAUCCCCGGUAGCUCAGCCACGGAACUUUGUCUUUGGGCAUUUUCUCUCUGCCCUGGUUGGAACGUGCAUCACGCGCUUGUUCGUGUUGAAUAGGCAAUACCAAGGGUACCUAGACAAUACGCAUUUCCAUCCCUCUACCUUCAUCAAUGGAGGUGUUUCGAUGGCGACAUCGUUACUGUUGAUGCUGAUGACUGGAACUGCUCAUCCUCCAGCCGGAGCAACAGGCCUUAAUGCAGCAGUCCAGUCGGAUGUAGUGUCCCUCUCCUGGCACUACCUCCCUACCAUCAUCGCAUCGUCUUUGAUCAUGCUGGGAUGGGCUGUCAUUAUCAAUAACCUUGGGAGACGUCGUUACCCAUUGCACUGGUGGGCGCCGGGCUCGACUUUUGUUCGCGAUCCAGUGGAAGAGCACGAUGAAACUCUUCAAAACGUUGAGGAGGGUGAGAUCCAAAGAGAGGAGACAGAGGAGGGAAAUCUGGCCCUUGAAAAUGACAAUACCAGUUCUAGACUUGAGAUGUCUGCACCUGACCCAAACGCAGACACGGCAAGCAAGUAA